AUGGGUGGAGGAGAAGCAACAGCAACAGCAACAGCCCCCCCUGCUACUCGCCCUUCCACCCUCUCUCCUACCGUUUCCGCACCUCUUUCCCGCAGCAGACCCACACCCACGUUCAAACCGCCUGAGAGUUGGGCUGGGGCCACCUUCUCAUCAAUCCGUGCUUUCGUCCCACCUGGUCUGUCUGCCCCUUCCAUUCCCCCUCCCCUCCACCCUCAUCCUCUCUCUCUCUCUCCCCCAUCUUCCCCUUGCCUUUCCUCAGCGUUCAAACCGCCUGAGAGUUGGGCUGGGGCCACCUUCUCAUCAAUCCGUGCUUUCGUCCUACCUGGUCUGUUUGCCCCUUCCAUUCCCCCUCUUCCAUCCUCUUCCCCACUCUCUCUAUCCCUCGCGCCCUCCCUCCCUCCUUCCCUCCCUCCCUCCCUCCCUCCCUCCCUCCCUCCCUCCCUCCCUCCCUCCCUCCCUCCCUCCCUCCCUCCCUCCCUCCCUCCCUCCCUCCCUCCCUCCCUCCCUCCCUCCCUCCCUCCCUCCCUCCCUCCCUCCCUCCCUCCCUCCCUCCCACCCUCUCUCUUCCCCACCCUUCAACCCUCCUGCAAGCUGCGCCCGGACCACCUAUGCAUCCAACUGCCAACAGUGCUCCGCCUUCAACCCGCCAGAGAGCUGGGCCCGGGCCGCCUAUGCCUGCAACGGUGCUCCGGACCUCCUAACCAGUCGCUCUCUCCCCGCCUCCCUUUCUCCUCUCUUAUCCUCUCAGCGUUCAACCCGCCUGAGAGCUGGGCUCGGGCCGCCUAUGCCUGCAACGGUGCUCCGGACCUCCUAACCAGUCGCUCUCUCCCCGCCUCCCUUUCUCCUCUCUUAUCCUCUCAGCGUUCAACCCGCCUGAGAGCUGGGCUCGGGCCGCCUAUGCCUGCAACGCUUCAUCCUAGCAGCUUCAGAAAGAGGGAUCGUGUGGAUUUCAGUAGACUAGAGAGCUACGGGAGAGGGGAGAGAGGAGAAAGAGACGAUCGGGAAUCGGAGAGGUGUGGAAAGAAGGGUAGAGGAGGCUUGGAUUUCGACCUGGAGUCCGAACCUGCUGCUGAGGCUCGGGCUGAUGAGGGUCGGUCAGGGUUUGAUCUGGAGGCUGUUCCAACGGCUGAGAUCGGCGAUGGAGCAGGCAGAGGAUCUGGACGGCAGGGGCUGGACUUGGGGCAGGAUCCGACGGUUGAGGUUGCUUCGGAGCGAGAUCUGCGGAUGGGAUCGCAAGCAAGUGGUUUGCACUGUUCCACAACCGAACCUGCCAGAGCAGAUAGGACGGGAACAGAGCUGGGCUCUGGUUCGGCUGUAUCCGAACCUGGUGACCCUAGGUGUGGUGGUAAGCUUGACCUGGAAGCUGGUUUGUCCAAAGCAGAUCCGCCCCAGUCGCUUCCUUUCUGUUCACUUUCAGAAGCAGGCGCCAAAGCAAAAGUGGAGGGUGUUGCAGCUGGGUCUGAAGACAGAUCGGAUCCAGAUGCUCCUGGAGUGCAAAGGGAACAAGAGGAGAAGGAGGAGAAAAGGGAGAGAGGAGAAGGGGAGGAGGAGCAGAAGGCGAGAGCGGAGGAGGGGGAGUGGGAGGAAGAGAAAAGGGAGGCAGAGGACGGUAUGAGAGAGAGGGGAGGAGGGGUGCGAGCAAAGGAAGGAGAGGAAAGAGGAGAAGGAAAAGAAGAAGAAGGGUUGCAGCAGCAGGAGAGGGAGGGAACGGACCGUGUUGGAGAGGAUAAGGGGAAAGGAAGGGAAGGGGAGCAAUGUGAGAAAGGGGAUGCAGGAAAGGGAGGGAAAAGGAGAGGCGAUGGGGGAGUUGAGGUUUCUGCAGAGGAGGAAGGGGUUACGGUGGCUCGUGUUGACAGGGAAAUGGUGGUUGAUGAUUGCAAUAGUGUGGAGAGAAAUACAAUGGGUGGUGUUAGGGGUAAAGGGGACAUGAAGGAAGGGGAGAACGAGUGGGUUGAGAGAGAGGAGGGGGCGAAAGGGGAGGGGGAGAAAGUGGGAGGGGAGAGAGCAGAAGAGAAAGAGGGAAGGGAGAAAGAGGAAGGGGAGGAAGCAGUGGGGAAGAAAGAGAAAGAGGAAGGAGACGCCGGAGGAGAGGAGGGAGGAGGAGAGAUAAAGGAAGGAGCUAAAGCAAAGAUCGAGAAAAAGGAGGAAGUAGAGGAGGGAGGAGUGAAGAUAGGAAAGGGUACCCAAGAUAAGGUUGAAAAUAUCAAUGAAUCGGAAGCAACGAGGCAGGAGGAAGUGAUACUGCUGAAGCGGGAGGUUGUAUUGGGAGACACAGAAUCAAGGCCGAGGGAAAAGGGAGGGAGAGACAAAGCUAUGUUGAGGGAAUCACGAGAAAUUAGCCUGUAUUUACCCGGCGAGGAGAAAGCGCAUACUGGGAGCAGGAAGGGGAAAUAA